AUGACCACUGUAUUACCGGAUGAGCUUUCAGCUCGAGCGCCUUACAUUGCUGCAAUUGCGUUGGCCCUGCUUUUGACUGCGUUGUACAAGUACUCGACAUAUACGAAUAUCCCGAGGAUCAAACAGCUUCCCGAGAUUCCCGGUGCUUUGCCCUUCGCUGGACAUCUGCACCUGCUCGGGGGCGCACUUGGUGCUUGUGAUGCCACUGUCUGGUCCAAUUGGUUCCAACGAUUCAACUGGCCCAUCUUUCAACUUCGGUACGGCAAUGAGAGAGUGGUGAUCGUCAACAAGCACGCCGAUAUCAAAGAGCUAUGGGUGUCCAAUUCGGCCGCGCUGAUCAGCCGUCCAGUCCCCUACACGAUGAAUAAGUACGUCGGCUUGGCCAUGGGGGCUUGCCCCUGGACCGAAGGCUGUAAGCGACAGAGACAAUCUGCGAUCAAAUCGGUGGCACCGGGAACUUGGCAGACGUAUUAUCCGUUGCUGAAAAAGACAUCGGCGUCCGCAAUCGAGGACAUGCGCAAGCACGGCCAAAACGGCGCGGUGGCACUGGAGCCUCGCAAAUACCUUGCCCGGGUCGCAAUUAGUUUGGGCUUCGAGCUGGCCUAUGGCAAGAAAUUGGAGGACGUUGGCGGAGUGGACUUCCUUCAUGGGUUCCUUGAUGCGGCCGGAAAGAUCACCGAUAUCCGCGUCGGUUCGUCGAAUUGGGUGGACUAUAUCCCCUUCCCGCGGUUGCUACCCAGUUCAACCGUCAAACGGGCCCAAAUGGGAGCUGCAGAACGCCAACCAUACCUCGACGCGCUCUUCCACUCGAUGAAGGCCGACCUGGAACAGGGUCGAGACGUCAAUUGCAUCGGAGCCGCGCUUUUGGUGGAUAGGGGCUCGAAAAUGACCGAAGAGGACACCAAGUCUACAUGUGUUUCGAUGCUUCAAGGCUCGUCCGAGACUAUCUCUGGCACCCUGACUUGUGGAUUAGGGUCUCUCUGUGCCGACGCCGACGGCCUGAGGCUCCAAGAUGAAGCUUAUGAAAAAAUAAUGGAACGGUGGGGCACGCCCGAGGAGGCAUUUGAACAUGCAUUCGAGUGCGAAGACAUUCCCUUGAUCGUGGCCAUCUAUAAGGAAAUGCUGCGGUAUUACUGCGUCAUCCCUUACUGCUUACCCCGGCUCGCCACCAAGGAUGUCAAAUUGAAGAGUGGUGCGACGAUCCCAGCUGGAACAACACUCUACAUGAACGCUGAGUAUGGAAACCAUGAUCCGGAGUUCUACGGAUCGGAUGCAUACACAUUCAAUCCACUCCGCUUUCUGGAUAAAUCCUCUCCCGUGUCAUCAUCGCCAUUGCCACACUUUUCUUACGGGGCCGGGGCGAGGAUCUGCCCGGCAGCUCAGAUCUCAAACCGUAUUCUCUACGGCCUUGUCAUACGCCUGAUCGUGUCUUUCCGAAUCCAGACCGCGCCGGAAGCUCCACCACUGACCGAUCCUAUCAAGUUUAAUCAAAACUACGUCAGCCUAGUCGCCAAACCGAAGGUGUAUCUUGCUUAUUGCAUACCGAGAGACGCGACGGCCUCGUGA